AUGGCCGACUCGCAAGGCAUACCCCCAAACAACAACACCCCCAACGAACCCCAACAACACUGUGCAGGCUGCAACAAACUAAUAACAGACGCCGACGGAGGGAACUUGAUCAAUUUCAGUGACGCUUACUUUCACUCCGGGUGUUUCAACUGUAAUAACUGUAGGACACCCAUCGACUAUGAGAAUAGUGUCGUGCUCGUCGGCGAGGACGGGAAGGCGAUAUGUGUAAACUGCUCGUACAAAUGCAAAGGAUGCGGCAACCCCAUCUUGGAAGAAGCGAUAACAACCGGCAACGACACAUACCACACGCACUGCUUCAACUGCUCCUCAUGCGCGCGCCCAAUUCAGGACUUGCGCUUCUUCCACAUCAAUGGGAGACUCCUAUGUCCGUCGUGUCACACUGAAACGAGGGCGAGCGCACGAAGCUCGGUGCAGUCGGUGGCGUCGCCCCGAGUGAAGGAUGCAGUUCAGACCCUGCCCGAUAAAGCCGCGCCUGCAAUAGCGUCGAAUAAUGCGACUGCGACUGCGAAUGCUGGACAGGGGUUGAAGAGAGACCCAUCGAACAACUCCUACGUGUCGGCACUAACCGAACAACCAGGAAUCAGCUCAAACGAGUACGUGAUGCAGCUAGAACAUGAGCUGGAGGAACGGAGUAGGCAGUUAUCUGCUUGUGAGACCACACUAGAUUACAUCAAGACAACCUCCCGCAAAGCCGUCGAAGAGUUCCACACACUCCAAUCCCUCCACACCGCCGAAGUACUCAAACGCCAACAACUCGAAUCCACCGUCGCGAAAUUGCAGGAGCAGUUGGACAACAUGGCCCGUGCUGACGCCGCCCGCGAGCGCGCGGAGGAGACAUUGGAGGCGUUAAACACGCAGAUUGAGGGGAUGCGGAGGGAGAGGGAGAGUUUGAGGGUGGCGAUUGAGGAGGAGGGGAGGAGGAGGGAUGAGUUGGAGAUGGACGUGGGACGGUUAGUGUUUGAAAAACACGCGGCGAAGGCGUCGGCGGGGGGUGGGGGGGAUGCCGACGACCUAACCCGCGAACUACAAGCCCUCCACACCCGCUUCACCAACACCCUCUCCACCCUGCACGCCGACCGCGCACACCUCCGCUCCGACAUCGCCACCCUCGAAUCCACCCGCGAACAUCUCACCGACGGUAUCUCCCACCUAACCGAAGAAAACACCGUCCUCACCGCCCGCCAAACCCGCAUCACGGGCGAACUGAUCGACUCGGCCGAGAUGCUCGAUAAAGUCGAGUCCCACGCCUCUCUCUUUUCUCCGAAUGCGGCGGCGGCGUUCCCGGAGAUGGAGGAGUUGAGAAAGACGGUGGAGGAGGGUGCGGAGGGUGCGGAUCGGGUCGGGAUGAUGGGGGCGCCGGUCAAGGCGGCACCCCUCCCACCCCCACGGAUUGCUCGGCCGAGAGGACCCAGGAAGGGGAGUGUGGAUAUCCUCUCCCACGCGGCGUAUUACCCCCCCGCUGCGGCGCCGGCGGGGGGGAUGAUGCAGCGGUCGGCGUCCGGGGAGCCCACCCCCACAAUCACCCCGCAUACCCAACAACAGCAGCAGCACAAGAAAGACAAAUGGACAAAGGAAUGGAAAACGAACUUGAAGGCUACGACGACCAAGUUGAAGAAAGCGAUGCCGCAGGCGGGAGGCAGCAGCAGCAGCAGUAGCACCAACAAGCCGCUGUCGGCCAGCGGCACCUUGGGGAGCACCGACCACCUUGAUUCACCCCCCGCCAGUUCGAGUAGCCCCGGCGGAUACGGGUUCCCCGGGUCGGCGAUGUUCAAGUUGGGGGCUAAGAAAGCCAGUUCGAAGAGCGAUGUCGAUCUCUCACGACCUACAGGCGGAUCGUUCACGUACCCCAGCGGAGCAGGCGGUGGACCGCAUGCGUUCCGAACCCAUGCGUAUCGGAGUCCGCGGAAAUGCGAUCUGUGUGAUGAGAAGCUUUGGGGGAAGGAGUUGCGGUGUGAGAGAUGCGGAUAUCACUGCCACCAGAAAUGCGUGCCGAGUAUCAUCCAGCACUGUCCCGCGGGGAGCGGGGGGGAUACCCACGCCGACGGCUCGACGCCGACGGCGGGCGAAGGCAAGGUGUUUGGCGUCGCCCUCACACGCACAGUCGAGGCCGAGGGCGGGGUGGUGCCGCGCGUGGUGGGGGAGUGUAUCGCCGCCGUUGAGAUGCGAGGCAUGACCUACGAAGGAAUCUACCGCAAGUCCGGCCCGUUGACGCAAACCAACAAGAUCAUCGCGUGCCUGGAUCGCGGGGACUACACCAUCCUCUCAUCCCCCGACUCGGCUGAGGACAGUGAGGUGGAUAUCGCGGCGGUGACGAGCGCGCUGAAACAGUAUUUCCGCGAGUUGCCGGAACCGUUGCUUGGGGCCGGGUUGUAUGGGGAGUGGGUUGGGGUUGUUAAACGGACGGAAGAUGAUGAGGAGCGGCUCAAGGCGUUCAUCGAGCUGUUGAAGAAGCUGCCGCCGGCGCAUCUGAGCACUUUGGCGUAUUUGAUCCUGCAUCUGCAUCGAAUCCAACUCCACGCCCCGGAAAACCUCAUGAACACAACCAACCUCGGCGUCGUGUUCGGGCCCUCCCUGCUCCGCCCGCCGCACGCCGAGACGCAGCUGGACUUUGCCGAGUCGGCCGCCAAGAACGCCGUCGUCGAGGUCCUGAUCCGGUUCGCGAGGCUGCUGUUUGAAGUGCCCCGCGAGCAACCCGAGCAAAGUGGAAGUGGGAUACACGAACUGCGAGGGAGGAGUGAUGCCGAGAUGGGGUCGGCGACGGAUUUGGCGGGGAAUGCACGGGAUGAGGAUAACGACGCUGGGGAAGACGCACACCCGUCGCGCCCGCACUCCCUGCACGAAACGACGUCUUCGUCCGUCGACUACGACGCGCUGACAACGGCUGCGGGGAGUGAGGAGGAUUUGGGAGGAGAACAAGUCGCAGGGGCGCCGAGGUUAAGUGUUGAGGUGGGGCCGAGUGGUGGGGUGGGUGCGGUGUGA